CAUAUAUUAUAUAUUAUAACGAUAGAGAAAUACGAUAAUAAACUCAUAUAAAUGACGUUGAGUCAAAUGAACUUAUCAUCAAACUGAAACAUUUAUCCAUCGAGGGUUUCUUUUUUCUGUUAUAGUUAGUUUUUUUUCCGUUAUUUCUCUCUUUCUAUUUGCCUUUCUUCUUCUGCCAUCUUCUUCUUCUUCUCCACUCUUCUUUCUUCGUCGUUAUUUCGAAUUGAAGAGCAGUACGUCGUGAGAGAAAAAGGAUAAUAAUAUAAGAGAGGUGGUGGUAGUUGUGUGGUAAUGUGGUGUGGUAGUGGUGGUAGUGGUAGUGGAUGAUCAGGUUAGCACCAUAGGGUGCUUCAGGAGGAGGCCAUUGGUUGCGGUGAAAAUCUUCUUCCUCUACAGUCGUUACGAGCGCAAUGCACGUGUCACAUCAUAAUCUUUACAAGAACGUUGAAAGAGUUAAUACAAACGAAAGAGAUACGAUACGAGUAGGAGUCGGUGUCAUAGACGAGAUUAAAAGUUAGAUAUUAGAUUUUACAAAGAUAUACUAAAAUGAAGAUCGACAGAAGCAGAUUGAAAAAGUGCACUUCGGAAGUUCCAGCCGAGUGUCAAGCUCUCAUAAGCAAAUUACGUUCUUGCUCUCAUGCGGAACUGUUAGAGGAGCUUAAACAAAUUGAUGCAUGGACUUUUGGAAAGUGUGAACUAUUUCAUUGGAUCGAUGUCUUGGAUCUUAGCGAUAGUAUUUUAGAGGAAGCUACGGCAAGAAGCUCAGAUAAUCCAUGGGAAUUGGCAUGUGACUUGCCUCAAAAUGCAGAGGCAAAAGAAUUACUUCUAUGGGUUCUCCAUUUUACUACUUUGCUAAUUGAACAUUCAUUUUCACGGCAUCUGUAUAACAGUAUGGAACAUCUAAUAACAUUAUUGUCAAGUUGUGAUAUGCAUGUGGUUCUUGGCGUAUUAAAUCUUUUAUAUAUGUUCAGUAAGCGCAGUAAUUUUAUUACUCGUCUAAAUAAUGACAAACGUCAAGCUCUUCUUAGUAGACUCAAUCAUCUAGCAGAGAGUUGGGGUGGUAAAGAAAAUGGUUUUGGAUUAGCAGCUUGUUGUAAGGAAUACCCAGAUAAGCCAUUUCCACCGAGUGCUACAACUUUACAUUUUGAAUUCUAUGCUGAAAAUCCAGCUGUAACAGAAAGUGCAAUUACAUCAAACAGUGUAAAAAAGAUUGGUCAAACAAAUUAUGCAACAUAUAUACAUAUAGAAUCUGUAGAUAAACUUGGUAAAACGCCAGCACAAUUAAUGAAUGACUUAUUGAAAGUUUAUAAUGUACCCCAGGAUCGUCAGAUGGCUCUAUUGACACAUGUUAGACUGGCCCAUAGUUUCUCAGAUUAUCGUAGGCGUUUGCAGUGUGUUCAAGCUCGUCUUCAAGCAUUAUCUGUAUUAGUAUAUAGUAAUGCAUUGCAAGAAAAUGCACACAGUCUUUUACAUGCUGGACUUCUUGAAGAAUUAGUGGAAUUACUUGAGUUGCCACACCCCCAUCUUGUUGAAAUUCGGGCUGCAGCAUUACGUACCCUAACUAGUAUUAUACAUUUAGAUCGUAAUCCACAUUUUCCAAAAAAACCUGGCUCAAGAUUAAAUAUGAUUAUUGAUGUGACUGGAGCCAGUUCAUAUCAUGGCUUUUUACCGGUUCUUAUUCGCACUUGCAUAACAACAUUAACAUCAUCGCAAGCAGAUGGACAACCAUUUCCAUUGCCACUGGCAACAGCUUUAUUCAGCUUUUUAUUUCAUCUUGCUAGUUAUGAAGCAGGAGCAGAAGCUCUUGUCAGUUGUGGUAUGAUGGAAAGUCUUCUUAAAAUAAUCAAUUGGCCAGGAAGUGAACUUGAACAUAUAACGUUUGGUACUAGAGCUGUUCGUGUAAUAGAUUUGAUUGCAAAUAUUGAUAUGCAAGGAUUUCAAGCUCAUGGUGGUUUGGGCAGUUUUAUUAAUCGCCUUGAUAUGGAAGUUAAUGUAUGCAGAAAAGAACAACCAUUUGAAAUAGAACCACAACUUUAUGAAGAAAAUCCACAAACUGUACAAGAAAGACCUAUAGACAGAGAAGGAGAAACUUCUUCACGUCGGAUAAAUGAUACAUUUGAGGAACGUGAUGAAUCUCUAAAUCCAAUGGAAAUUUCAGAAGAUGAAAAUAUGAGUAAUAAAGCAGAUGAGAAAAAUGAACAAUUGCCCGAUUAUUCUGCUGCGAAGACUGGAAAGACUUGUUUAUUACAACGUGCUGCACUUUUAAAAUCUAUGUUAAAUUUUCUUAAAAAAGCUAUUCAAGAUGCAGCUUUCUCUGAUAGUAUUCGACAUGUUAUGGAAGGGACAUUACCAUCAUCUUUGAGACAUAUUAUAAGCAAUUCUGAAUAUUAUGGUCCUUCAUUGUUUUUACUUGCUACCGAUGUUGUAACAGUAUAUGUUUUCCAAGAACCAUCAUUACUCUCAUCAUUACAAGAUAAUGGUUUAACAGAUGUUGUAUUACAUGCUCUUCUUAUUAAAGAAGUACCAGCAACUAGAGAAGUGUUAGGAUCAUUGCCUAAUGUAUUCAGUGCACUUUGUUUGAAUCAACGUGGUCUUGAGUCAUUUGUCAAACGCCGUCCCUUUGAACGAUUAUUCAAAGUACUUCUCUCACCAGUUUAUUUAUCAGCUAUGCGGAGGCGUAAAAGCGCCGAUCCACUUGGUGAUACAGCUUCUAAUUUAGGUAAUGCUAUGGACGAAUUAAUGAGACAUCAGCCAAGCUUAAAAGUUGAUGCUAUCUCUGCAAUUAUUAAGUUACUUGAAGAACUUUGUGUACUUGGUUGCGAUCCACGAUACAUAUGUUGGCGGGGUGUUAGUAAAUCAGAUAAUUCUCCAUCAAAUUCUGGAUGUGGAAAUCGCCAAUCUUCAGGCCAAUCAGUUGGCGUUGGUGUUGGAGAUUCAGCAGGUGGUAGUGGUGGAGGCGGAGGAAGUAGUAGUGACGAAGAAGAAGAGGAUGAAGAAGAAGCUAGUACUAGCUCUCAUCCUCAACGAGAAGAACAACCAUCUCCAUCUCCUGCACAACCUGGACCGCCACCUCAGCCAAGAGAAAAAACACCUAUUGCUUUGGUCGAUUAUAUUCAAAAUGUUAUGAAGUUUGUCGAUGCUAUAUUGAGUAACAACUCAACGGAUGAUCAUUGCAGAGAAUUCGUUGCGCAAAAAGGACUAGUACCACUUCUUUCUAUUCUAGGAUUACCAAAUUUACCCGUAGAUUAUCCUGUUGCUCAAGCAGCUCAGGCAGUAGCUUCAGUAUGCAAAAGUAUUUUGAACUUGGCUCAUGAACCUUUGGUUCUUAAAACUGGAUUGUCACAAUUAAAUGAGGUUUUAAAUCUAUUAAAACCUCUUUGCAGUAACAUGCAAUCACCUGCUGGUUCUGUUUUAUUACACGAAUUGGCUUCAGCUCCAAAUCUUGAAACUGCUUUCACAAGUGAUACAGCUACUCCAUUGUUACACGCUAUGAACGCUGCUCAUGGAUAUAUUGUAAUGUUUGUUCAUGUUUGUCGAACAAGUCAAAGCGAGAUUCGAAAUUUAUCUAUGAAUCAUUGGGGAUCUGACCUGGGUUUAACAGUUUUAAAAGGCUUAUCUAAGUUGUAUAUGUCUCUAGUUUGGGAAAGUACUUUAUUACUUGCAUUAUGCAGCGAAGAUAUUAUACCGGCUGGUUGCGACUUUGGAAAAGAAGAUAUGGACAAAUUAAUACCACCUGAAUUAAGAACGGAGGGUGAAAGUUCUACAUGGUCUGGUGCUGGAUCUUCCACUGAUAUAGGCAGUAAUGGAAUGACAACUGCAAUGGAAGCACUCAGCACUGAUCCUCCACCUAUACCCAUGGAGAUCGAUGAUAAGCCAAGUACAAGUGCUGGAAGAACUUCACCUAAUACUCAUCAACUGAAAUUCAUUAAGCCAUUAUUAGGUGCAUCAUCGAGAUUAGGCAGAGCACUCGCAGAAUUAUUUGGUCUACUUGUUAAGCUUUGCAUGGGUUCACCUAUAAGGCAAAGAAGAGGACAACAAAUGCCUUUGACUCCUGCUCUUCCUUCCCAAGCAGCAAGAAGUGUAGCGACUGCUUUGAAUUGUUUGUUAACACGUGGUCUGUCUUGGGAAAUAUUACCUCCAUCGCCAAUACCUAAAUUCCAAUUGACCUUCUUAAUAUGUUCUGUGGGAUUUACAUCUCCGAUGUUAUUCGACGAAAAGAGGCAUCCAUAUCAUUUGAUGCUUCAAAAGUUUGUCCAUUUGGGUGGACAAAAUGCGUUCUUCUUUACUUUCCAAUGGGCAUUGUCAGGAGGUACACAAUUUCCAUUAACUGAAGGAUUAGAGCAUCCUAAUUUACCUGAUGGGACUGGAGAGUUUUUAGAUGCUUGGCUUAUGCUUCUUGAGAAAAUGGUGAAUCCUAAAGCAAUCUUAGAUUCACCUCAUGUAGUAUCUUCUAAAUGUACAGGAAUGUAUGAUAGGUAUGAAGUGUUUGAUCCAAUAAAAUAUCUCACCGAUAUUCAUAAGAAAGCAUUUAAAGCUGUGAUGCUUAUGUGGGGUAAAAAGCCAUUAAAAAAUUAUGGAGCUCGUAUGACCGAAUCUAUAUUAUCGAUUUUGCGGCAUAUAUUACGUGGUGAAAAAAUAAUUAAGGAACGAUCUGAAAGAGAAAAAAAUAACGAAAGUGUAUCAGCUAGUGGUAGUGGUAGCACCAGUUCUGUUAGUAGGAGUGGAGCAAUAUCAGAUAGACGAGAUGAACCAGAAGCCGAUGUUAACUUGGAACAUUUGAGGCAAUUGAUGGAUAUGGGUUUUAGUAGAGCGCAUUGCAUUGAAGCUUUAUUACAUACAAUGACUGUUGAACAAGCGACAGAAUAUUUACUUGCAAAUCCUGCUACUUUGCGAAGACCUGAUGCUCCAUCGAGUGAUCCAAACCGUGUCGUUACUAUGGAGUUAGAAUUAACUGAAGACGAAGAUAUAUCACAAGUUCUUGCUAUGGCAUUCGCCGACACCGAUACUUUAAAAACACCAGGACCUGAAGAAUCUGACAACAGAGAGACAACAUUAACAGAGAGCAUAGAUGAAUUCACUCGUAAUGCUUUAGCGCAAUGUCUUAAUCUUUUGGAUCUUAUGCCUGAUACAGUAUAUAGAAUUUGUGAUUUAUUGGUAACCAUCACUAAGCGAAAUGGAGAUGAGUGGCGAGAUAACAUGCUACGUCAAUUAAUACGAGAGAUUGGUGAUUUAGUCGAUUAUUUAAUCGACAUUAUUAAAAGUCAGGAUGAAAAUGCUGGAACACUAUUAGUAGAGUGUGACGAAGCAAAUAAAGUAUCAAGACGUAUUUAUCUCUAUACAUUAUUUUUCGAGGGUACUUUCCAAGAAAUGCGGGUUCCUUGUGCUCGAAUUGUUGAGGAAUGUGUCAUGUUAGACAAACUUGUCAAUCUACUUGUAAUGAGUGAAGUGCCACUUACAGCGCAUAAGAACAAGGUCGUAAAGGAAAAUAAAGAUGGAGCAAUUACCGUAAAAACUCCUAAAUGGCUUGCACCUUUAUUAUUGCUAAUAGAUCGUUUAGAAAAAGUUGGAACUCUCACAAAAAGAAAACAACUAAUGCAUAAGGUUACAAAUUGCAUGUGGAAAUGGUUCGACUUAAGUACUGGAAAAUGGACUCUUUAUUCGCCAAUGAAUAAUAGAAUUAUUAAUGAGGCAUAUUGGGCUGGUGAGCCCAAUGUGCGUAUAACAUGUAGCAGACGUCGUUACUUAAUAACAUUUUCAUGCAUGACUCAAGUAAAUGAAGAAAGUGACAAUAGAAGACCAAUUACUAUGGGUUUUAACUUCAACAGUGGUACAAAUGAAGAUGGCGGUUCUGGUUCUGAUUCUAAUAUGGAUACUGAUGAUAGUCCAGUCGAAGAAAAACGUAAUACUGUUGUACAAGGUUUAGAUCCUAGCAUAAUACCAAGUAUCGUACGUGCGUGUGUAAAGUUAUUAGCUAUCCCAGUUGAUCGCGAUACGCUUCACGCCUUGAUGAAAGUAUGUUUGCGUUUAACGAGAGAUUAUAAGAAUGCAGAAGUAUUUGCACGAGAAGGUGGUGUCAAAUUGCUUCUUGAAAUGACUCAGUCUAGUACCUUCAUCGGAUGUAUUAAUCUUAGUACACUUCUUAUAAGACAUACAUUAGAAGAACCUCGUAUUUUACGUCUUGCUAUGGAAAAGGUCAUACGCACACGAACACAAAGUAAUAUUCCUCCUGCGUACAAAGAAAUUUUGUUUAUGACUCGUCAAAUCAGCAGUGCGGUAUGUCGGAAUCCAGAAGUUUACAGAGAAGUUUGUGAAAAUAUUCUUAGGGUUGAUAUUAACGUAUUAAAAAGGGAUGACAUUGAUAGCAGACUAGUCGUCAAAGCCUUGCCUCCUACUCAUUCUCCAGCAUUACCAAUGAUAGAAGAAGUUUCUAUUGGUGUUGUUCGCGAUCUUUUGAAUGCAUUAAUCAAACCGGUUCCUAUAUUACCCGAUGAUGGAUCUGCAACGCCAACUGGAAGUCCUGAAAAAAAGACAACACAUUCAACCACAGCAACUGGCAAUGCAUCUUCCUCAUCUUCAAGACGUGAUGUACUCAGAAAUAAUGCAAUCUCUACGAACGAUCCGCUUGAUGAUGACGAUCAAGUAUCACAAAUAAUACCUCUUAAAAUGUAUGCGGAUGUGAGCAAUAAUGGUAAAGUUGAAUCAGAAGAAGCGAAAAAGCCAUUAUUAGCCAAGUCUGCGAUAUUAAAGACAUUAGCUGAUGCUGUUAGAUCUUAUGGUUCAAUAGUUAGUCUUAUUACUGAUCAUGUAUAUAGAGCAGGUCAGAGUGAAUUAGUUACUGAAGAUACUACAGCUCUUGCAUUUCUGCUUGAUAAACUAUUGCCAGUGUUGCCAGAAAAUUCCAGUGAUCGUCAAUGUAAUAAUAUGGCACGUACGCUAAUAGCGGCAAUAGCAUCAUGUAACCAUUCACCGGAUGUACAGACGACAUUAGUAACCGAAGUAAAAGCGGCAUUGACACGAACCUUAGCACUUCCAGAGAGUGCGGAAAAACAUGCACAAUUGCAAUUAUUAAUUGGUUUGAUUUCUACCAUGAUUGAUAGUUGUCCGCUAACGCCACAGCUAAGAGCAUCGUUAAAAAUUCAUCAAUAUAAUAAUGUUAAUUAUAUUGUAAGAAUUAUGCUUAAGAAAGGUAUCAUUACCGACUUAGCUAAAAUUCCACAUAGUCUUGAUCUUUCGAGCCCACAUAUGGCUGGUACUAUUAAUGCGGCUUUGAAACCUCUUGAAACGUUAUCUCGUAUAAUUAAUCAACCAAUGCCAGGAGGUAUUAAUAAAUUUACCAAGCCAAAAAAUAGAACUGUUCAUGAAGAACCGAUCGGAGAACAAACCGGUACAACAACUUCAGAAACUACUCAUGCUGUUGGCGAGGAAACCAUCGAAGAUGCGGAAAACACCGAGCAUGAUAUUUCAGUAACAGCAGAAAGUUUAGAACCGACGUCCGAAAGUCACGUGCACGAAGAGGGAGAUGAAGCUGCCUUGGAAGAUAUCAUGGAUCAACUUCUUGAAAGCAGUGUGCUGUUUUCCAGAGAUGGUUCUACUGUAGCAGAAGAACAAUCAUCCCGAUCGCAUAGACCAAUGGAUAUUGAUGAUGAAAGUUUAGCGAUGCGUGAUGCGGAAGGAGAUUUUGAUCCAACACGUGACACCACCGUAAGAGAAGAUCUUAUGAGCUCUGAUUCAGAUUCUGAUAGUAAUCAGUCGGAUGACAAUGAAGACGAAGUCCAAGACGACGAAGACGAAGAGGAAGAAGAGGAAGAUGAAGGCGAGGAAAAUGAGGAAGAAGAAGAAGAGGAAGAAGAAGGUUCGUCAAAUUAUGAGGAAGAUGGAAUAGAAUUGUAUGAAGAUGUUGGUGAAGGUAGUGGUGUCUUUCGUAUGUUUCCCUCUGCAGAACGUGAUGGUGGCAAUGUUGUUAUGAUACAACAUAAUCUUGAUAAUCAAGAUAAUGUAAAUGCUCUAUCAUCUACACCUAUUUCAACUCGACCUGGUCUAUCAUGGAAUACGAGUUUUCCUCUACCACUUGGUUUAUUUGAAGAACCACCUUCGUUUUCUGAAGGCAAUGGAAUAAGUUCUCAUCCAAUAUUAAUAACUCAAGGUAGUUUUGAUAGUGGAAAUCCUAGAGCUCAACGAGUACUUCGACAUCGUCGAUAUCAAUAUUUGCAACUAUCUAAUUCUCGUAAUCCUAAUCCUCCUGUAAUAUUACAAAGACUUUUAGGUCCAACUUCACAGACUCUUCCUUUAUCAGCUAGUCAAGUUUUAGCUUCUAGCUUUAGAGACACGCGUGUUGUUGUAAUGGACAAUGGCCUUGGUAUAUUUACAAAUCAAGAAGAAGAACAAAUUGACUUUGUAGAUCAAUCAGGUUACUUAUUUGGGCCAAGUUUAGCUGCGACCCUAAAUAACAUUCCUACUGCAUUACACUGGUGGAUUGAAGAAAGUAAAUUAUUAGAUGGAGAUUCUCAGCCGGAUUGUUGUGUUGGUGUUGUACAUAAAAUGAUACCUAGUCUUGAGAAACAUAGAAAUGCUGAAUUAGCUGAAAGAAAAGAAAAACGUAAGAAGCAGCAUGGUUCAGAAAAGGAAAAUGAGAGAGAUGGCAAGGAAGAAAAGGAAAGUGCAAAGAACACCGAAUCUGGCCCGUCAACAACAAUUCCAACAGAAGAACAAAGAAGCUUGGCAUCAACGUCUCAAAGGGAUGACACAAUACUCGUUACAGCUACAGAAGCUACUGUCGAAACUAGAAGACAGGAAUGCAUACCUGAUGAAGAUAUUAUUGAUGUAACUGGAGAAAUGGAAGUUACGGUCCAGGAUGAUGAAGAAAGACCACGACCUCCUCCACCACCAGAAGAACAAACUACAGAAACUAGAGACCCACGUAAUACUACUAAUUGGAAUCCUACAUUAGAGCUUGCUGAAAGUAUCGUUGAUUCUGUUCUUGCUCCUUGUGCUUCUGAAGUUUCGAGACUAAGACAAUCGGAAAAUCCUACCGAAGCAUCUAAUGAAAUGCCAGAGUGUACACCUACUCCGGUAUUAAUAAAUUUUAAUCAAGAAGGUAAUGAAGAUCUUUCAAGAGAGAGCAGUGAUUCGGCUGAUUGGAUCAGACGUCUGUUAACAGAUGAUACCCCAUCCGCUGUAGAGCGAAAUGCAAAUAUCGUCAGCCAAGAUCCAACGUCUUCUACAUCAGAAAGCACACAUCCAGAAACAUCAAGUCAACAACAACAAUCACAACAACCAUCGCAAGAACAGCAGUUGCCAGAUGGUGUGGAUCCAUCCUUCUUAGCUGCCUUACCAGAAGAUAUGCGUGAUGAAGUAAUAGCAGAACAAUUGAGAUUACAGCGCAUAAGACAACGCGCUCAAGCUUCAGCAGCUGAAGAACUCGCAGGACCAGUUGAAGUAAAUCCUGAAUUUUUAGCUGCCCUACCACCAGCCAUUCAAGAAGAAGUUCUUGCUCAACAAAGGUUGGAACAACAAAGACAUGCAGCUGCAUCAGCAAAUCCGGAAGAUCCUGUCGAUGCUGCAGCAUUCUUUCAAAAUUUACAACCUUCCUUACGACAAGCAAUCCUUACGGAUAUGGAAGAAUCGCAAAUAUCUGUUCUACCUCCAGAUUUAGCUCAAGAGGCACAAAAUUUGCGUAGAGAAUGGGAAGCUCGUAAUCGACAUAUGAUGCAGGAGAGAUUUCUUAGUCAUGUCAGUCAAGGGAAUACUUUAUCGAGCAUAUUGAGAAGUUCCAGUGGAGGUAGAGGAGGUGGUGCACGAUAUGCCAUUCAUGCAGUACCACAGAGAGCUCAAUGGGGAUCAUGGAAUCCUCGAGGAGAUACUGCUAUUGCACAUCAAGGAGCAGGAUUACGUUUAAGAGGAAGGCAAUUACUUGAUCACGAAUCGAUGGCAUGUUUGUUGGUCUUGCUAUUUGUCGAUGAACCUAAAAUUAAUACACUCAGACUUCACAGAGUGAUAAGAAAUCUUUGUUAUCAUGGCAGUACAAGAGAAUGGGUAGUUAAAGCCUUACUUAGUAUCAUGGAGAGAAGUAAUGACGAAUCUAGAGAUAUACUUACAGAUUUUAGUGGAAAAUUCAAAAGAAAAAGUUUGCUUCCUACCACUACUUCAGACUAUUGGUAUCCUAAAGUAUUUGAACAAAGAAAUAACACACAGUCCUGGUUAAAUAUUAGUAUGGAUGCUGCAUUGGGUUGUAGGGCAAAUGUAUUUCAUAUUAUUAGACAUGGUGGUAAAAAGUCUGAAAGGCAAGGUAGUAUAAUAGCUAUUCAUCCACAAGCUGCACCAACAGUUUGUAGACAUACCUUAGAACUUUUAAUCUCUUUAGCAAAAAGUUUCCCAGGAUAUUUUGUGCCAAUCAAAUCAAAGGAAUCUGAAGAUAAAGAAAAAGAUCUUGCUAAUAUUAAAGAUGAAAGUAUUUCGAAAUCUAAGUCUGCAUCAAAAGUAGGAAAAAGCGAUAUUCCUGAUUUUUGGGAUAUGCUGUUAAAACUAGACUCUUGUGCUUCUAAGAAAGGAAAAUCUGUUGCAAGAACUCACUCAACUUCUAACUUGGGUAUGGACUUGGAACAUACAAUGACAACGUUUGAAGCAUCUCCAUUUGGUCAAUUAAUUUCAAUGCUAAAUUGGUCGGUUAUUAAACGAAGCAGUCAAUUAACUGACAAACUAUUGCGACUUCUUUCUUUGAUCUCCAUUGGAUUGACAGAAGUUAAUCUAUAUCGUCGACAAGAAGGUAAUAAAAAUAAAAAAACUGAAUUGAGUAAAGAACAGAGUGUCGCUGCACCAGAAGGACAUUUGAGAUUGGCUGUACAAGUAUUAACUAGUAAAAGUUGUUCCGAAGAAGGCCUGGAAGAUGCUACAGCAUUAUUGCUUAAUUUAUCGCACUGUCCAGACCCAACUAGACAAUUGAUUCUCAAUUUACUCUUAGAAGGAGCAAUGGAAUUGGCAAAUAUGGUCUGUGAACACAUUAAUGAUUUAAUGACAGAACUUAAAGUUUUAAAUCGCGAACUGAGCAGAAGAAAUUCUAUCGAAGAACAACCAUCGACUAGUUCUGGUGGAGGUGGACGUGGAAUUCUUUUAGACAGAUUUACCAAUGAAAAUGUGAUUGUAACGGCGCCAAGUAAAGUUAAAGCUGGAAGCGAUCUCCAAUUACCAUCGAUGGCUGCUCUUGUCAGUAAGACCUCUAGUCAGGCAUUCUUUUUAAGAAUACUUAAAGUAAUUGUACAGAUAAGGGAAUCUGUGCGUCUAGCAAGUACAAAGAAAGCAGCAAAUCAAGCAGCAGCUGCUACAGCAGCAACAUCAUCAACAUCAUCUACUAGUGCUCCUACAACGGAUGCGACAACUUCCAGUCAAAAUCAAGGAACAGAUCAUACUUUAUCAUGCCAUGUUUCAGCAGAUGAUAAUUCUUGUGCAGAUGUUCCUAUGGACACGGUGCAAAGUAGUAAUGCUGUUAAUUCGGAGCAUAACAAGACAGUUCCUCCACGUACUGAUGAUGAAAAGUCACCACUACCACAUUUAAGUGAAAGUUUGGUGUUGGAUCAUCUAUGGGAAACGCUUAGUGCUUGUUUAUUAGAAUUGGAAUAUACUCCAGACCAUCAUGCCGUCCUUGUUUUACAGCCUGCUGUAGAAGCAUUUUUCUUAGUCCACUCAUCAUCUACUACAUCGUCACGUGACCGACAUCGCAAUACUACUACAGAAAAUCGCGAGGUCGUACCAGACUUAGCACCAGUUUCACCUAUAUAUUCUGAUAAUGAAGGUACUACUUCUCAAGCGGAGACUGGUCCUACUACUUGGGAUACAACUAUUACAACACAAAAGACUCUACCCCCGGAUCAACUUAAAUUCUUGAAAUUUGCUGAAACGCACAGAACAGUACUCAAUCAAAUUCUACGACAAACAACUACGCAUUUAGCCGAUGGUCCAUUUUCUGUAUUAGUUGAUCAUACAAGAGUAUUAGAUUUUGAUGUCAAACGUAGAUAUUUCAGAACAGAAUUAGAACGAAUGGAUGAAGGUAUUCGUAGAGAAGAACUUGCAGUCCAUGUACGUAGAAGUCAUGUAUUCGAAGACUCGUUUAGAGAGCUCCACAGAAGAAAUGCAGAUGAAUGGAAGAAUCGUUUUUACAUCGUUUUUGAAGGCGAGGAAGGACAAGAUGCAGGUGGUUUAUUGAGAGAAUGGUACGUCAUUAUUUCAAGAGAAAUUUUCAAUCCCAUGUAUGCUCUCUUCACUGUUAGCCCUGGAGAUCGGGUUACAUAUAUGAUCAAUUCAUCUUCUCAUUGUAAUCCAAAUCAUUUGUGUUAUUAUAAAUUUGUUGGACGGGUUAUCGCUAAAGCUAUUUACGAUAAUAAAUUAUUGGAAUGUUACUUUACACGUAGUUUUUACAAACAUAUACUUGGAAUUCUUGUAAAACAUACAGAUAUGGAAAGCGAAGAUUAUAGUUUUUACAAAGGACUUGUUUAUCUUACCGAACACACUAUUGCUGAUCUUGGUUAUGAAUUAACAUUUUCAACAGAAGUAAAUGAAUUUGGUGUUAACGAUGUUCGAGAUUUAAUACCAAAUGGUCGUAACAUAGUAGUUACAGAGGAAACAAAACUUGAAUAUAUUAGGCUAGUAUGUCAGAUGAAAAUGACUAGAGCAAUUCGUAAACAAUUAACUGCGUUCCUGGAAGGCUUUUAUGAUAUUAUACCGAAGAGACUGAUUUCCAUAUUUAAUGAACAGGAACUGGAAUUAUUAAUCAGUGGAUUGCCUAAUGUAGAUAUCGAAGAUUUAAAAGCAAACACUGAAUACCAUAAAUACAGUGCCACGUCCCUGCAGAUCCAAUGGUUUUGGCGUGCGUUACGAGGAUUCGAUCAAGCCGAUAGAGCUAAAUUUUUACAGUUUGUUACUGGAACUUCUAAAGUACCUUUACAAGGUUUUGCUGCAUUAGAAGGAAUGAAUGGUGUACAAAAGUUCCAAAUUCAUCGGGAGGACAGAUCAACGGAUAGAUUACCAUCUGCUCAUACAUGUUUCAAUCAAUUGGAUUUGCCUGUAUAUGAGACAUACGACAAAUUACGCACGAAUUUACUCAAGGCGAUUCACGAAUGUAGCGAAGGAUUUGGAUUUGCAUAAAGUGUAAUUUGAAUACUGUUUUUACAUAUUAUAAAACUUCAUCGUAAAUGUUUUGCCCUGCCUAUCUAUGAUAUAUUAUAGAACACAGCCCUUAUAAUUAUUGGCUUAUUAUUCAAAAUCGGAGAUAUCCUAAGCAGUCAUGCUUUAUCUUCGUUCAAGAUCUACUGAUGAUGAUGGAGACGUAUAUAAAUCAACGUAUACAUAAUAUUAUAAAAGGUACACACGUAUGUAUAUACGUAUAAUUAUCACGAUGUAAUUAUUGAGAAUUAUUUUCAAUUAUAUAUCCACUCUUGAAGUUGAUUUCGUUUGAGAUAAAGGAUCUUGAAGAAGAUGCUGAGCUUUACAAUAAUUUUCAAACAAACAAACAAACAACAACAAAAAAGAUAAAUAAAAACGUAAUAUAGGAAAUUUAAUUAAGUUAUAUAUGGGUAAGAUUAAUGUAAGAUUCAUAUUUAAGUAGUAAGAAGUUCAAUUUCUCAUAAGAAAAUACAUAGGGUGUAAAAUGUAAUAUAUUGCACUUCAACUAAUUGGCGAUACGUUGUAACCGGUUCGAUAGUUUAUAUGGAAAUACCAUGGAUAUCGCUGUUGAGAAAAUGUAGUGUUUAAAAGAGAAAUGCUGUCAGAGAGGGAGAGAGAGGGAGAGAAUGAGAAAGAGAGAGCGAGAGACAGAGAGAAAGAAAGAUGCAUGUAAGCAAGUAAGAAAUGUGUGCGAAUGAGUGCGUGAAUUUGCAAAUAAGGGAGCGAAUGUUCCAAAAUCGAAUGGGAAUUAUUGAUGGAAACGAUGAGCCUAACUACAAGAUUUCAUAAUAAAAAAAAUGCUGUUCUGCCCCAUGUAAUGUAUGGUUGUACACUAUUAGUAUUAAUAAUUAUAACUAACUUUUAACUAAUAGUAAUGAUCGCUAAUUAAUAUCAUUUUAAUAUUAAUCAUUCGAAAUGUGAUGUUAAAAUCGUGUAAUUUUUUUCUUGAAAUCUAACGAAAUAAAGUUUACAGUUGAACAGACAUUAAUUUGUAAACACAUCGAAAAGACAAUAUCAAUAGUACGCGCAAAAAAGAAUUCAAUUCACAGUUAUAUUAUUAUUAUUAUUAUCAUCAUUAUUAUUAUUAUUAUUAUUGUUAUCAUUAUUAUUAUCAUUAUUAUUAUUAUUAUUAUCAUUAUCAUUAUUAUUAUUCGACUCCUUCAUUGGAUAUUGUCAGAGAAAAUUACUGCUAUUAGAAAACAUAGAAUAAAUUGAACAUUGUAUUUCUUCUAAAAA